CCACACGGCCACACACACUUCACUUCAUAGGCGCCCCAGCAGAGCUCAUCUCUGCCUCCUGUGUCCUUCUCCAUGACAGAGAAUCUCCACUCCAGGAAAAUGGUACAGCCAAAGAAGUUUCGUGGAGUCCGGCAGCGCCACUGGGGCUCCUGGGUCUCUGAGAUCAGGCAUCCCCUCCUUAAGAGGAGGGUCUGGCUGGGUACCUUUGAGACGGCUGAGGAGGCAGCGAGAGCAUAUGAUGAGGCUGCUGUGCUGAUGAGCGGACGCAACGCCAAGACCAACUUCCCAAUCCAAAGAAGCAGCACAGGGGAGCCUACCCCAGCUGCGGGAAGGGACGCCCGCAGCAACUUCAGCAGCGGCUCCUCUACCACCAACCUGUCCCAGAUUCUCAGUGCGAAGCUCCGCAAAUGCUGCAAGGCGCCAUCACCGUCCCUGACCUGUCUCCGCCUUGACCCUGAGAAGUCCCACAUUGGUGUUUGGCAGAAGCGUGCAGGAGCCCGUGCUGACUCCAACUGGGUCAUGACAGUGGAGCUCAACAAAGAUGCAGCAUCCACUGAUGCUGCAUCACAGUCCACAUCAGCAACAACUGCUCCACCAGCCACGCCGAUGGAUGAGGAGGAGAGGAUCGCACUGCAAAUGAUCGAAGAGUUGCUGAGCAGCAGCAGCCCAGCUUCACCCUCAAACGGAGAUGACCAAGGUCGCUUCAUCAUCUGAAAAGCAUGGAUCAAACAGCACAAGUCACCAUCCCAGAUCAGAGUUUCGCUAGGUCGGUUGGUACACAAGCAGUUCAGGUUGCUUCAGUAAUAUAGAUAUAUGUCUAUUACUAAAUCCAACUUACAAGAACUAUAAAGUUUGCAAUUGUGUGCAGUUCUAUGUACGUGAAAAGCUCUACAUACACAUGUUCCUAUCAAGAUACUUUGUUACACAUCAAUGUCAGUGAUAUAAUUGCUUAUAAAAGAAAUAAAUAGAUUAUGAUUGUGUUACUGCUCA